AUGGCCGACUACCAAUAUAAUUCCCGGGCACCUCCUGGCCAACGCCAGCAGCGGGGCUACCCCGAUCAGAACGGCAAUUAUCAACGGGAUGCCGCGUUUUCAAACAUCUUUGGUGCUGCCCCCCCUCCGGGAAGGUCGCAGACCAUGACAUCGGCCUCCGUCCCGCCAAUGCUUGACCAAGGAAGGACACACACAAUGUCAUCUGCCUCUGGCAUGCAUCGCCAACCCCCCCCUCGUCCUGGCCAGGGGUACUAUAACGACCGUGAACCGGCCCCGAGACCUCGGCCUGUCGAUCACAUGGCUAAUGGCAACUAUCCGGGCCAGCGCUCUGCUUCGGGGCCUCAAGUUCCUUCCCCUCAAGCACAAUACUUGCAGCAGCAGCAGCAGCAAGCUAGGCGUCCAUAUCCAGGGCCUCCCGCUGCAGGGCCUCGAUUCGACUCUCGUGGCCCGCCGCUACCAUCCGGGGGUCCAAGGGGCCCAGUCCAGAGGCCAUAUCAAGGAGGACCGCCUCCUGCUCUGAACAGCGACGCAUAUCGAUCGCAAUCCCUAGCCUCCAUGCCUCGCCCGCAGAUGUAUCCCGGGCAAAAUACCUAUCAUCAGUCGUCUGCAAAUCAUUUCCGGCAAGCACCCUAUAACAAUCAACAAGCUCUCUCCAGGACAACCGCUCAAGGUAGGGUAGUCCCGGACCGCCAUGAUGACCGUUCAAUGUCAUUAACUGGUGUUUACCAUCCUCAAGAUCGAGAUGGCACACAAACCAUGAGUGGGCGAGUUAUUCCUAACCGGCGAGCGCCGACCGAUGCCAGCUCAAGCUCAGGGUACUCAGCCCAAACAGCCCACUAUGCCCCUAUGCCAGGGACGCAGACGCGGACAGCAACUAUGACGUCUACAAGUAGCACUGUAGACCAUGGAAGAACUUUCUCUAUGGCUUCUAUGAUGUCUACAGCCUCAACCAUAACCCCGUCUGAGUCUGAUGCAGGCACGCUUGUUCAAAGACCAGGAAGAAGCAGAUCCAUCGACAGCGAGCGCCCGACCACUGCGACGACGAAGAUCCGAGCUCCGCUUGUAUACCCGGCCCUUCUUUCACGGGUGGCCGAAUGCUUUAGGCAGAAGAUCAUCGUGGGCGACAGAACGAAGAACGAGCUCACAUAUAAGAAUGCUUUUUCUGGUUCAGAGGCAGUCGAUGUACUAUCUUACAUCAUUAGAACGACUGAUCGAAAUUUGGCGCUAUUACUCGGCCGUUCGUUGGAUGCUCAGAAAUUCUUUCACGAUGUCACGUACGAACAUCGGCUACGAGACUCACAAUCCGAAAUGUACCAAUUCCGAGAAAGUCUGAUGGAUGAGCCUGAAGAGACGCCUGUGAACGGCGUCUUUGUGCUGCUCUCAGAGUGUUAUUCGCCUACUUGCACGAGAGAUCAGCUCUGCUAUUCUAUUGCUUGCCCUAGAAGACUGGAGCAGGUUUCUAGGUUAAACCUGAAGAUUACCUCUGGACUGCGCAAGGAAGACUCUGCUAAUGUCAACGAUGACGAGGUUGAUAAAACUGAUGAACAGAAGCUCUGGAUCAAUUCGGUGCCAAAGGAGGUUGCUGACGCAGUCAGUGAGCGAGAAAAGAAGCGACAAGAGGUUAUAUCUGAAAUUUGCUAUACCGAACGAGAUUUCGUCAAGGAUCUCGAGUACCUGCGCGAUUUCUGGAUUAUUCCUCUGCGGUCCAAGGCGUCGCCGAUACCUCUCCAGCGGAGAGAGAGGGUUGUCAAGAAUAUCUUCAGCAACAUCAUUGACCACCCAAGUGUUCAUAGUGUCAGCUCACGAUUUGCAAGCGCUCUGACUACCCGACAACAGAAAGAUCCUAUCGUGCAGAAUAUCGGUGAUAUUUUCUUGGAGUAUGUGCCACAAUUUGAGCCCUUUAUUUUUUACGGCUCUAGACAGCUGGAAGCCAAAUUUGAGUUUGAAAACGAGCGUUCAAUCAACCCUUUCUUCUCCAAGCUCGUUGACGAAAUUGAGCGGCGAAAAGAAUCGAGAAAGCUGGAGCUUAACGGUUAUCUCACCAAGCCAACAACGCGUUUGGCCAGAUAUCCUCUGCUGCUGGAGAAUGUGUUGAAAUACUCGGAAGAUGGCAGCCCCGACAAGGAAGAUAUUCCAAAGGUUCUCACGAUGAUCCGAGAUCUUUUAGGAAGAGUGAAUGCAGAGUCUGGCAAAGCCGAGAACCGGUUCAACUUGCGAAGACUUCAGGAACAGCUUCGAUUCCGACCUAACGAGCGGGUCGACUUGAAGCUUACUGAAGAUGGCCGCGAACUUGUGUUCAAGAGUCAGUUCAAGAAGUCUCCUACUGACCCAGCUGAGUUGACGGCUUUCCUAUUCGAUCAUGCCGUUUUGCUCGUUCGCAUAAAGCAGAAUGGUAAGGCCGAAGAGGUUAAGGCAUAUCGACGACCAAUUCCCCUGGAGCUGCUUGCCAUUCGAGAAAUGGAAGAGGUGAUCCCGUCAGACGGUGGCGUUAAGCGAUCGGCAUCUAGCUUGCUGCCGGCUAUACGAACCAAUGCGGGAGACACCAAAAAAGGAGAAGGCUGGCCCAUUACCUUUAGGCAUCUUGGCAAAGCUGGAUAUGAGCUCACGGUCUAUGCUUCUAAUCAGGCAGCGCGAAAAAAGUGGCUCGAACACAUUGAUGCUUCACAACAGCGGCUCCGAGCGCGAGCCGACUUCUUCACGACCAAUAUUAUCUCUAGCAACUUCUUUGGUGGAACAAACCAGGUUAACUGUGUCUCACCAUUUGACGGAGGCCGCAAACUUCUUUAUGGCACUGACAACGGUGUCUAUAUCUCGGACCGCAAGAACAAGGAUGCGGUUCCUCGACGUGUCCUAGAAACAGCCAGUGUCACCCAGAUUGAUAUUCUUGAAGAAUACCAGCUUCUCCUUGUUCUAUCAAAUAAGACGCUACUCUCUUACUCGCUUUCUGCCCUGACGUCUGACGAUCCUGCUCUGGCUAAGAGACCUAAGAAGAUUCAAAACCACUGUAGCUUCUUCAAGUCUGGCAUCUGUAUGGGUCGACAUCUCGUGUGCUGCGUCAAGUCGUCAACACUAUCUACUACGAUUAAAGUGUUUGAGCCCAAUGAUGCUAUGACCAAAGGCAAGAAGCAGAAGGGUCUUGGAAAGCUCAUGGGUGGUGGUUUUGAUGAACUGAGGCCAUUCAAGGAGUUCUACAUUCCCACAGAAUCGUCUUCUGUGCACUUCCUAAAGUCGAAACUGUGCGUGGCAUGUGCCAGGGGCUUUGAAGUCGUCUCGCUCGAGACACUAGAAACGCAGUCGCUGCUUGACCAGGCAGAUACCUCCUUGGAUUUCGUGGCCCGCAAAGAAGGAGCUAAGCCCAUCCACAUCGAACGUCUCAACGGAGAAUUUCUGCUCAACUACUCCGAAUUUUCCUUCUUUGUCAACCGAAAUGGCUGGAGAGCUCGACCAGAGUGGAGAAUUGAUUGGGAAGGUUCACCUCAGAACUUCGCGCUUAGCUACCCCUGGAUUCUUGCAUUUGAGCCGAACUUUGUUGAGUUGCGCAAUAUUGAGAAUGGUGCUGUGCAUAUUGUACCUCAUAAGAAUAUCAGGAUGCUUCACAGCAGCACUCACGAGAUUAUAUUCGCCUAUGUAGAUGAACGAGGGGAGGAUGUAGUAGAAUCCAUCGAUUUUUGGAAGAGCAGCAAGCGAUCGGACGUGUUUGGCGCACAACCGGCCUCAUAA